AUUUUCAGCAUUUGGCCGGAGCUCUGGGAAGACGCUGCUGGCUAUCCGGGAGCGACUGCGUGAGGCGUAUUGGGCUGUAGCUCUCUCAUAUACACACACACACAUACGAAACAACACAUAGCAGCGAGACGCGGAAAGGAGAGGGAGGGGGCAGCAAAGCCUAGCUAGUUUCCAUCAAACUGCACGCACAUUUCGGUUGAGUCCUCUGACAUCGCGGCUGGAGCGUGUGUAUUGGGAGUCAAGAUCCCACCCAUGAUCACGGUUUUUUGGAAAGGCCGGGACGACAGAGUGACAGACAGACAGACGGCAUGGCCUCCAUCGCAGACUUCUACGCCGGGAAGAACGUGCUCAUCACCGGGGCGACGGGAUUCAUGGGAAAAGUGCUGGUGGAGAAGCUGCUCCGCUCCUGCCCUGGCGUCAACACCCUCUACAUCCUGGUCAGGCCCAAGGCUGGCCAGUCCAUGCAAGAGCGGGUCAGGGACAUGAUGAAGUGCAAGCUGUUCGACCGCGUGCGGGAGGACGACCCGGACUUCCACAGGAAGAUCGUGCCCAUCAGCAGUGAGCUGAUGCAGUCCGGCCUGGCCAUUAGCCCCGAGGACGCAGAGAGGCUGACCGCCUGCAUCAACAUCGUCUUCCACUGCGCCGCCACCAUCCGCUUCGACGAGCCGCUCAAACACGCCCUGCAGCUGAAUGUGAUCGCCACGCAGCAGCUCCUCAGCCUGGCCCAGAGGAUGGAGAAGCUGGAGGCCUUCAUCCACGUCUCCACCGCCUACGCCAACUGCAACCGCCGGCACAUCGACGAGGUCAUCUACCCCCCGCCUGUGGAGCCCAAGAAGCUCAUCGACUCGCUUGAGUGGAUGGACGACAGCAUUGUGCGUGACAUCACGCCGCGCCUCAUCGGGGACCGGCCAAACACCUACACCUACACCAAAGCGCUGGCCGAGUACGUGGUGCAGCAGGAGGGCGGCAAGCUCAACAUCGGCAUCAUCCGGCCGUCCAUCGUGGGAGCCAGCUGGCAGGAGCCCUUCCCCGGCUGGAUCGACAACUUCAACGGGCCAAGUGGAGUCUUUAUUGCUGCUGGGAAAGGCAUCCUCCGCACCAUGAGGGCCAACAACGACGCCGUGGCCGACCUGAUCCCUGUGGACGUGGUCAUCAACCUCACCCUGGCUGUGGGCUGGUACACAGCCGUGCACAGACCAAAGUCUGCGCUCGUGUAUAACUGCACAACAGGUGGAAUUAACCCCUUCCACUGGGGCGAGAUCGAACAUCAUGUGAUGUCCACCUUCAAGAGGAACCCCCUGGAGCAGGCCUUCCGCCGGCCCAACGCCAACAUCACCUCCAACUACCUGAUCAACCAGUACUGGAUCCUGGUCAGCCACAAGUUCCCAGCCCUGAUCUAUGACCUCUACCUGCGACUGUCUGGGCAGAAGCCUCAGAUGAUGCGCAUCUUUAACAGGCUGCACAAGGCCAUCGGGCUGCUGGAAUACUUCAGCAGCCAGGACUGGGAGUGGAACUCGGAAAACAUGAACAUGCUGAUGGGCCAGCUAAGCCCUGAGGACAGGAAGACGUUCAACUUUGACGUUCGCCAGCUGAACUGGCCCGAGUACAUAGAGAACUACUGCAUCGGCACCAAGAAGUAUGUCCUGAACGAGGAUAUGUCGGACAUCCCUGCCGCCAGGCAGCACCUGAGGAAACUGAGGAACAUCCGCUACACCUUCAACACCGUCCUGCUGGUCUUCAUCUGGCGGGUGUUCAUCGCCCGUUCGCAGAUGGCCCGCAACAUCUGGUACUUCGUGGUGAGCCUCUGCUUCAAGUUCCUGUCCUACUUCAGAGCUUCCAGCACCCUGACUGCCUGAGGGGCCGUCAGCCUGCCCCCACAUCCCUCCCCUCCCCCGACGACCACACCUGUACCCUUCCGGAAGAGGGCGCCACCCACAGUAUGAGCUCUGCAUAUCGGUGGGAGAGGGGAAGGGGUGGUGGGGUUAGGGGAGAGCAGGAGGGUUACAUCGGCCAUUAAAUGACUCACUUUGACCUUUCUGUCAUGACCUGCACUGGUUCCUUCUCCAAGCCUAACUCUUUCUCUGUCUCUGCCGUCGUACAGCAAACCGUCUCGACUGUUUUUAAUACCGGUCACCCCUUUUCUAACGAUGACUUCAUGUCAAGUGAUUAAUUAUGCAACAAUAAUCCCACUGUAUGAUAAUCUGUGUGCACCCGUGUUGUGUUCCUCCCGAAUCCGAUCCAAUGCCUUGAAAUGGACACGAUUUGUAACAUACUUGAAUUAUGACGGUGUUUCUUAUGAAUGACGGUUAUUGCACCAGAAUCUUUUGACGCUUGAAUUCAUAAGCAUCCAUAGCCUCACGCCUCAUGAGCUAUGGGUAGUUUGUUUGUAGCCUUGUCAUUAACCACAGACUGAACUUUGGACAUCGCAUACAUAACUAGGGAACAAACAGACUUCAGCAUAGCACAUGUAGCUGCAUCACAACAAGAAACACAUCCAGCAAAACUACAGAACUUAGACAAUGGAAUUAUCACACCUUGAGUACUGUUGGUGUUGCUACCUAUUGUUAUGAGUAUUUUUAUGUUCUUAAGUGCUGUUGGGUCCUCAUCUGUUAAAUGCUUAGUCACUUCGUCUGUACAGUUUAUACUGAAACUAAGUUCAUGAUUAAUUCUUUAUAUUAGGGCAGCGAAUGAUGGCGGUGUAAGAUACACAGAAAUAUACGUUCAUCGGAGACAGAAUGAAGAUCUGUAAAUAUUUAAUGUUAUAUAUUAUUCUUCUAAAAAGAACCAAAAAAGUAAGCAAGCACCUUGGGAAGGAUGUUUUUGUUGCUGGUUUCUGCAGGAGAGGGGCUCUCCAAAGAUUCUGCCACUGCAGAUUCAUGAACACCUGGGCACACUUUUGUUGUCAUUGUUCACUUUUUUUUUUUUUUUAUAUAUAAGACAGCAAAAUAUAUAUAUAUAAGUAUAUAUAAAGAAUAUGUUUUUGAAUGUUUUGUGUUAUCUAAAAUCAUAUAAGGUGCAGCUUUGAAGGAAGAAAAAAAAAAA